GACAAAUCAGUCGUGCGCGUUCUGCCGCGAUUGGAUUACGUGUGUUGUGUUAAAAAAUUCGAUCGCCGUCACAUGUAAGCGCGAUGGAUGUUCUUCCUAGCGGUAACCUAUUCCGCGAGCUGCAGGAUGUCACCGACACCGGUUAUUUCGAAUGGAAGCUGUCACUCGAAGAUUAUUGGCAACAGACAUGUUACGAAAUGGAGCGGUACCUCCGAGAGGAGCCCCGAGGGAAGCGCAGAGAGCCGGCGCAAGAAGAGGAAUGGGCGAGGUCAGCCACAUCUCCACCUCCAACACCGCCAUCUCCACAGUCACCGAGAAUCUUCACAGUCACAGCAGUGAAGAGUGAACCGCCUAGCGAUUCCGAUGAACCAAGAGAUGAGCCGCCGAGUCCGGCGCCUGUUCGACGUCAUGUGCCACGUCAUCAUCCGCACCCACACGCCACCGAUCCCAGGCGUCGCGUGCACAGAUGCGAAUUCCCAGCCUGUGAUAAGGUUUACACCAAGAGUUCGCAUCUCAAAGCGCACAAACGAACACACACAGGAGAGAAGCCAUACAAAUGUUCUUGGGAAGGGUGUGAAUGGCGGUUCGCGCGGUCCGACGAGCUGACUAGACAUUACCGUAAACACACAGGAGCGAAACCAUUCCGCUGCCGCCACUGCGAGCGCUGCUUUUCACGCUCCGAUCAUUUAGCGCUUCAUGCAAAACGUCAUGCGUAGCCCGAGAAUCAAACACCCACUCCCAGGAAAAGAGGCAGUAAUCGGAACAAACGAGCUGAAAAACUGCCUAAAGAUGGGAAUGUACACUAGAAUGUGAUCGUGUACACACAGGUGCGCGCCUCUUAUUUAAAUAUGUGUGAUUCCGUUUGUAGAUUUUGUGCGUUGUGAUCUUACGGAAUUGAACGUUAAGAUUGCGCGUGGCGUUCGUUUCCGCUUUGUGUCGUUAUGUUUGUUGCGAGGCGCGCGCUUGGGGAGUGGGUGUUCGCAAAGCGUUGCAAGCCAAAGAAAAUGUCGCUACGGAUGUAGCCGAGUCAACACUCAUUGCACCUAAUGCUUUAACGUUAUUUUUAUUUCAUUAUUUUAAUCGACGAUAAAUUUUUAAAAUAUCUUUAAUGUUUCGGCCUCUAUCGUUGCGGUUCUUUGUUGCAAUAAGAGAACGAUUUAUAUUUGCCGUUGUUUAUUAUGUAAAAGAUUUUUUCUAAGCUUUGUGUACAGAGAGGUUUUUUUAUGUCGGCCGGUCGCAAAGCGGCUGCUUGUCGAUAGUUGUGCCAUCGUUCGCGGAGCGAGCGGGCGCGGCGUCCGUGCGCACGCGGCGCUCCCGCGCGUCUUUCCGUCAACCUGCAUUUGAUCACAUGUGACAUAAUUAUUAUUUAUUGAUUCGCGGGAUGUUCGGCAGAUAUUCCCACCGACGCCUAGCACAACCUUUUGUUAGUUGUAAGCUUAGUAGGAUGUGCGUCGCGCGUUACCUGAUGUUACGUCAAUUUCUUGAGACACUUACUGUGGACAAUGUUAUGCAACUAAUCAAAUGCAACGAUUGUUAAUGAAGCGAUCAACAGUUAAAAUUGACAUAACAUCGCUGUUGUUUUAGUUGAACCCGAUUGUGCUGAUUUAUUAUGUCCAAAGGCGAUUGUUUCUAGAAAUUGACUUAUUUUAAUUUUAUAUGAUGUUUAUUUUUAAGAUGUUCAUACAUUGCGAUAUAUUUACUUUAAGCUUUCUCCUUUACUCUCUCAUUCCGUUCGUUUAAGCUAUUUUGUGCUGCGUCUUCGCAUCGUCGGUGCCACGAGGAAACGUUCUCUGCGUAAAUGUUUUAUAAAAUCUCCGACGAAACGCAGUACUAGUUAUAAAAUGUUUUAAAAUAUUAUUUUCAGAAGUUUCGCUAAGUGUGUAGAGGUGUCAUUGAUGUUUGAAAUAAACAAGUUGAUUCUAAAACACAGUCGUGAUGUAAAUUAUUUGUUUUUAGUGAUGUAAGUUAUUUGUCGGCUGCGUGGUAAUCCCGGUCAAGUUCUUGAUACUUUGAAUGUUGUGUGUUGACUCGAAGUUUUCAUUUUAUCAGUCGAUAAUCACUGACGUUAUUGACACUUCAUUACCCGCUUCUGAUUCGUUUGAUUGGUUGAAGCGUUCAAAUUAUAUAAUUUAGACGAUCGUUAAAUUUUUUGAGAAUUUUCGAAAUUUUUAAUAUUAAGCGAUUAUUGUAUGAGCUUACAUAAUUUUGACGUUAAGAUUUCGGAUCUCUUAAGUUAUUACAUAUCAUUUAAAAGCUAUGAAAAUUAAAUUUAAAAUAAAAAAAUAUUAAAAUUAAUGCUUUUGUCGUUAGUAAAUUAUUUGUUAUUAUAAGACUUUCGUUGUGAUUCGUAAGUAAAUCAUUUUGGUUAGUAAAUUCUAAAAAAAAGUUUUUGUUGCAAAUACACAUAUAUAUAUAUAAAUUCGUUAGACAAUCGUGUAAUACCGGCAGUUUGUUUUUAAAUGAUUAUUUAUAAUAUACCGUAUAUAUUAUUGCAAUUGUAGAUGAUAAAUACCAUUAAUAUAAAGAAAAUACGAGGUAUCGAAAGCUUAUAAAACCUUAUUGCUGUCAUGAAUAAAUAUGUAAUGACGAGGCGAUCAUGAAAUCGUGGUUAGUAAAGAUAUUAUUAAAUGAAAUUCGAUAAAACAAGUGAAGUUUCACUUCGUAUUGGUUAACUAAGAAAUUUGAGAUUAGUAACACAGGCAUGUAUUCGGUGCAUCAAACGCCAUCUAUCGGCGGGUAGCGAAAUCAUUCCGUACAGUUAGUACUGAAGCGCUUAUUAACAUGAAAAAUGAUAUAAUUCUAUAACAUAAACUUACAGAAUAAUAAUUUCACAAAAAUGUAUUAUAAGCAAUAACAAAACCAAAGGUUGCAUUAAAAACAAAAUAAAACGAUGCAAUUUUGAUCGCAAAAACUUUUUCAAAACUGAAAAUUACAGGAAUAUUUUCGUUUUAUUGCUUAUUACUUAUAUAUAAUUGGUCAGAUAUAUAAAAAUAACAUUUUUAUAUAUUUACUACAGCGUAAAAUGUAAUCGUUUUGUUCGUGCAAAAAUAUUGCCAGAAGAAAUACUUUUCUUCAAGUUUUUUCAACAUUUCAUUUUGAAUAAAAAAAAAAAACAAACAAACAAAUAAUCUUUAAAUCUAUUGAAUUAUUAAAACUAUUAUGUUAGUAAUUUAUUAAAUAAAGUCAAAUAAAUCAUCAACUACCAUUACGUUUAGACUAAGUACUUAGACAUUCGAAAUAUUUUUGUCAGAAUUAAUUAUGACCAUUUCUCUAGCUCUUAAUUACCGACUUUUGGAGAUGAAGUAUAUAAUUUUUUUUAAAUAUAACGAUCACCGCAUUAUAAUAACGUAAAAUAAAUAUAAUCGGGCUGUGGUAAUUUAUCUAGAACAUCAUGAUAGUAUUAUAAAAAAUAUAUAUAUUUAAUUUCGAUAAUUUUCUUUUCCACCGGGCAUCCUUUUUGGGAUGCGCUUAAGUAAUUUGUAAAACUGUAAGUACAACGACUGCAGAAAACUACUGCCAUAAUUAUAAUAUCCGAUAAGUAACCAUUUGUGAGCAGGUUAAAUUGUAACUUUUGUAACAUUCGCUAACUCGUUAUUUGUGUACUGAAACUGGUUCUACGAGGAAAAAAUCCCGGGGGCCAAUCAUGUAGUCUUCCCGAAUUGAGAUAUGUGAUUUUUUUUACAUCGGCGCGAUCUCAGGGAUUGUGUAUAUUAUAGAACAAUUUUCGAUUGAAUGUUUUACACAUUGUAACGGAAAACUGCUCUAUUUCAACUAGCUGCCAAAAGCACAAUUUAGAAGAAUUUAUACGAUAUAAAAUAUUACGAUAAAUUAGCUUCUUUAAAAUAAUAAUAUUAACUGAGAGCUAUUGUCGUCUAAUUAAAAAACAGCAAGGUAUAGCAAUAUAAUAUUUGCAAGAAGCAAUCGACGUAGAAAAGGCUGUAGGAAAUUAAUCGCGUAUAUUUCAAACGUGUAGCCUGAAUUUCUAACGUUUACUCACUUUCCGAACAUUGUUUUACUAUGAUAUUCAAAUACUAUCACAACACGUGCAACUAGGCUUGUAAUGAGUGCGAUUAUGGCAACAUUAAACAUAAAAUCGUAUGAAUGUUGCCAAAAUUAAAAACUUCACGACACAUUGUCUACGAAAAAUAUUUGAAUAUUCUCUUACCAACCUCUCAUUAUCUUUAAAAUUCAUAUUAAGCUGUAUUAUACAUAAAUGUAAAAACUAAAUCGAUUUCAGAAAUGGUAAAUUAUUGUAGAGUAUCGCGAAUCGAAUUUAAAAAGGAUAUUACAUUGUAAUAUCUCCUUAGCGCUUUAAGUUACUAUCAAAUUUAUUUUAUGCUAACAUUUUCUUUCUAAAUAAAUCAUAGUCUUUUUGGAUAUUUUUAAUAUUAUAAUAUAUUAAACUAAAAAUCAAUGUGUGGAUGUUUUAAAUAAAACUAUAAAAUAAUAAUUUUAUUAUAAGAAAUAUAUUAAAAAAUGUGAUUCAUAAGUUUAUUCAAUCCUAGUGACAUACCUAUUAUAAUGUAACGUGUCAUAGUAUUGUGUAUCUGAAUGUUUGUGGUAAAGUUAUACCUGGUAAUGAUAGUGCUAUAUGGCAAGUUCUAGAUGUGAUUAGAUAUAAAAUAUUUAUUAAUUAAUACUAUGCACUAUGGCUGGAUAUUGCAUAUGUUUAGAUGUGUAGAAAAAUAUAUAUUACGUAUUGAAAUGUGGACUUUAUGUGGUUCAAGUACCACCAACUAAAGUAAAUAUACAACUAAUUAUAGCAAAUUUUUAAAUGAAAAGUUGCGGCUGUGUAUUACUGAAUCAACCUGUAGUUAGGUCUUUCGUAAUAAUCAAAGUAUCAACCUACUGAUAAAUAGAAGCACGUUAUUAAUAUUAUUAUUUUUUUAAACCAAACAGACACAGGUAGAUUACUUGUGAUCCGCCUUUUGGAGAAAUAUAUCUUCCAAUAGUUUAUUUCCAAACCAUUUUUUGGUUACUUAGAUAAAAAUUUAGUUUCUUUCAGAUAAAUAUGUAUUUUUCUAUAAGCAUACUGUCUAUUGAUGUCUAUUUAUAAUUCUUUCAAAUAAAUGUAAUGUUCGUGUUAGGACUGUCAUUACAAUUCAGUUGAUUUGAAACAGCCAAUCACGAAAAGCCUAGCGACCUAUAACCGUUGACAGUCGAUUUGUUUAUUGGCUGUUGCUCAUCAAACUUCUGCUGUCUAUUGUAUUAAUAUAAGGUUAGGAAUAUUACCACAGAACAUAAGUUUGCAUAGUAAUGGUACAUAAAACAGAUCUUUACUAAUUGUAUUUUAUUCCAAAGACAAAUAUGAAUACGUCAUUAUUGAGGUAUUAUUAGAUAUAAUCAUAUUUUCAUUGUUUUUGGUAAAUAUACAUAAUGUAAACUGUUAAGACGAUAAAUUAAGAUGUGUGUGGAUUCGAAUGUUAAAUCUAUUCCGUAAAUGUGUUAGUAAAUUUAAAUAUUUCUCAAUAUCAAUACUUAUCAAUAAUAAUAUUACUAUAACAAAUAAGCUAUUCUUAAAUGUUGUCAGACAACUGUUGACUAUAUGUGUUAAGUGUACCCGAAAAUAAAUCCUUUAUACUCGUCUCACUUAGCCUGUGCAUGCAUAGAACGUUCGUUGCAUAUUUAAAUCCAUAAAUUUAUAUAAUCUGGUGUUUAGCUAAUAAAAUUAAUAGUUUUUAAAUAUAUAGUCAGUGUGUUAUUCUAUUUUUACGCGUAAUCAUUUCUCAUGCGUUAUUUUCAACUUUAAUGUAUGGAUUUCAUCUUAAGAAUUUCACUAGCGAUUUUUCUGGGUAAUUUCUUUACCGUUACAUUCCAGUGCUUCUUAAAUCGGUAGGUUUAUGCUAAAAUUUGUUUAAAUGAAGAAAAUCAACUAUUAAAAUUGCUACAGGUUUUUAGACAAUGUAUUAAAUCGACAGAACUGUCAAUGAUAUUUCACGAGAAAAAGAUCUUAAAAUUAUUGUUAGAUGUUUUCUAGAGAUAGCAUUCGUAAGUUUAGGUAUUGAUAUGCAUUUUGAAUGUUUUUUAAGCUUUCCUAAUACUCUGUUCAGUAUUAAUAGAAAAAACAAUUACAAUCAUUACUUUUGUGUACAUUUAAAAAAAUAAUUGGAGUUUAUUGUUACUUGCAUUUAGAUUUCGAAAUUUUAUUAUUAAAAAUUAUGAUAGAUAUAUAUAUAUGUAAAGUUGAUGGUUUUGUCUGUUUAAAACUGUCUUCGUGACCAGCUGGAGCUAAAUAUUUAAAAUCCAGUGCGAAUAAUUUCUAGUUAACGUCAACUGCUUGUGCAGUGUAAAUUUAUUUAAAUAUGGCCGUGAAAUCAUCACAAUUAACAUAAUAUAUAAUAUUUAUUUUUGUUUUAAAGGUCGCUGUAAUGUGCAAUACAUUUCAAAUAUGCGUUGCGAAAAUUAUGUGAAAUUAUGUUUUAGGAGAUGUUCUAUUAAUAUUACCAGUUUUCUGUAAGAAAUCAACUAAGCUUUACAGUAAUAAAAUACCUCAAUGAAAUGUUGAUUUUAAGCAGACAAACUGUUAAUACGCAUCGAACGGCCAAUGUUGGUAUUUCUUGUAGUUUUUAACAGCAGGCUUUCAUUACUCAUUAGCCGUGCUCAUGUACAUACCUAAAUACAUUUAAUAUAGUUAUGACUAAUCAUAUACCUAUUUACAACUAUAAAAUAAUAAUACAUAAUUAUAAUGUGGGUAUUAUUAUUUACGGUUCUUUUUCUGAUAUGAGUUUACUGAAUGUGUACUGUGACCCCGUCGCGGGGAGACGAGUUAUGUAGUAUAUUGCAUUUUAUAUUAAUAAAUUUUCUUAUAUGUG